AUAUAAGGGACUGCCAUGGCCUUGUUCAUGACACACCAUCCCAAGCUUGCCUCGCCAACAGCCUCCUGGUUCACCAUGGCGAUCCGAUCACCAGCGUUGUCGCUGCUACUAGCAGCGUGCCUGCUACUUGCACUCGCCGGAAGACUGCGUGCCGAACCAUGCAUUGCAGUCUACUGGGGCCAAAACGGCUUCGAGGGAGGCUUACGAGAAGCCUGUGCCACCGGCUACUACAAGUACGUCCUCGUAGCCUUCCUCAACCAGUUCGGCAACGGCCAGAUUCCACAGAUGAACCUCGCCGGCCACUGUGACCCCAACAACGGCGGCUGCACUUUCCUGAGCAGCGACAUCAUCUCCUGCCAGCAGGACUACAACGUCAAGGUGAUGCUCUCCCUCGGCGGUGGCAUCGGCAGCUACCGCCUGGCGUCCAAGGAGGAUGCCAGGGAGGCCGCCCACUACAUCUAUAACAGUUUCUUGGGCGGCUCUUCCUCCAACCGGCCCCUCGGGAACGCCGUGUUGGACGGCGUAGACUUCGACAUCGAGGGAGGGAGCAGAAACCACUGGGACGACCUUGCUCGCUACUUGAAGGCCUACAGCACGACGGAGCAGAAAGUUCACCUGAGCGCGGCUCCACAGUGCCCCAUGCCCGACUAUUUCCUUCAACCUGCGAUCGACACCGGUCUCUUCGACUACCUGUGGGUACAGUUCUACAACAACUACUGCCAGUACUCCUCCGGCAACGCGGUCACCUUUGCACAGAUAUGGAACCAGUGGGUUUCCGCAAACGUAAGCAAGGUGUUCCUCGGCCUCCCUGCUUCUCCUCAGGCGGCUGGAAGUGGCUUCGUCACACCCGACGAGCUCAUAGAUAGCGUUCUUCCCAUAGUCAAGCGCUCAGAGAAGUAUGGAGGAAUUAUGCUAUGGAGCAGAUACCACGACGUUAUCUAUGGCUUCAGUCCUCAGGUAAAGAACCAUGUGUGUCCCGAUCGUAUGGCCUCCCUCUUGUCUAUGACUGUGAGACCCUUCAUGAAGGUUUGAACUGCGCACGUAUGCUACUAUGGUAUGAGUGUGUCGUAUGUGUUCAUGAGAUCUACGGUCAUCCAUGUACUGUGUGUACGUGGUGUUGUCUAAUAAUAUAAUAAAGAUCUCUCUGGGAGUGAUAA